AUGCUGCUCCCUGGAGGCAGGCCCCGGGCCCUGGCCGCCCUCUGCCUCUGCGCGGCGGUCCUGGCCUGUGCUGUGGGCACCCCGAGCCCCCCGCUCGGCCUGGCAAGUAGCUCCUGGAGCCUCGUGCGCCAAAAGGUGAAGGAGCUGGUGGAGCCGCUGGUGACAAAGACCAGAGAGAGGUUGCAGUGGUUCCAGGUCCCCCCGGCCCUCCAGGGCUAUGUGCAGACCUACUAUGAGGACCACCUGAAGGACCUGGGCCCCCGCACCCAGGCCUGGCUCCGAAGCUCCAAGGACAACGUCCUGAACAAGGCCCACAGCCUGUGUCCCCAGCUCCUCUGUGGGGCGGGGGGCCGGGAUUAA